UCUGUUCACAUUUUUACAACGCGGCGGCUUGGAUUUCCCAUUUCUCUUUUUAAAGUAAAACAUAAAUCAGUAUGGAUAAGUCUUUAGAUGAAAUUAUUAAAUCUAAUCGUUCUGUUGGUCAAAAUAAAAGAAAUUUUGGCGGACGAGGAAGGGGGAGAACUCGUGGGGGAUUCCAGCGUGGAGGAUUUCAACGUGGAGGAUUCACAGGAGGAAGAGGAGGGGGAAGAGGGACCAAUGUCAAUCCACAAUUUGGAAAUCGGGGCCGUGGGAAUAACUUGCACGGUGGUGCAGGUCGUGGACAGAAUAGAAUUGGACGUUCAAAUUUAGAUUCACAAAGUGGCUCAUUAGUGGUUACUACACAAAUUACAGAUGCAAGGGAUAAACUGAACUUUAAGGCCCGACAGACAGAUGCUAGAGUAAAACUAAUUAAGAAAGCACAUGGGGUUGAUGCUCGGCAAAAGCUGCAAGCAAAACGACAAAAAAGCCUUGAAUGCACUGUGAUGCCACCUAACCAACUACCAGUCAAUAUUGACAUUAAUCCUUCACAGACGCGUGUACCGUCAGUAACAAUCACAAAUCCCCAAGCUAGGAAGCGGAAGUCAACAGACGGAGUUUACCAGACACAAUCGGGCACUAUCCAAGUAACCAGGAAACAACAACCAGUGUCCACAAAAUUUGGUCAAAAGUCAACCGGCAAAAAAAAGAUGGAAGUUGGAAAAAUGAUAAUUACAACAUCAAGUGAUAGCGUUAGCAGUCGAAUGCCAGCAGGAUCAUUGAAAUCUUCAAGCACUAAAACCAAUCUGCAUUAUGACGAAGGAUUUGCACCAUCGGCUAUCAAGUUUAGGAAGACUGUACAAGCCCCACCCCCACCCCAAAUCACACGGCAACCAGCGACGGAGCGUCUGAGCCCCUUAGGGACAAGAGUCUAUGUCACCAAUCUGCAUUACAGUGUCACAGAAGAAGAUAUAAAGGAGCUCUUUGGUGCAAUUGGUGCUUUGCGUAAGGCCAGAUUUGUGAAACAGGGCAUUGCAGAAGUUGUGUAUGUUAACCGUGAAAAUGCCUUGGAGGCAAUUAAUGUAUACAACAAUAGGGAAUUAGAUGGCAUCCCGAUGCAGUGCAAGUUGGAUUCCUCUACAGUUCCAGAGUCAUCAUCAUCAUCAUCGACGUCGUCAACAUCGGCUGCAAAAUCAACAAGCCGCCCAAUCAGUGAUCGUUUUAAAUUUACAAGAACUCAAAGUGCUGGGAUUGAAUCAAGCGGAACAAUGAGAGCAGACGACGUAGAAGCCAAUCUAAUCCAUAAGGCACUAUUCAAAUCAGCUGCCAGUGCAAAUGAACCUUCAAAACCAGUUGUGUUCACAGUUAAGAUCUAGAUCUCUUUUGCAGUCUGUGACACUGAAAACAAGUAAAUUUGACAAACAUUUCAGUUUCUACCAUCAGCCAGCAAUUAUCAGCCCAGUCUCAUGCGAGACCAGCGUGUAUGUGCUUGAGAAAAUUGCAGCUCAGUGUGAUUCACGAUGCAGCUGGUAUUCGACAAAGUAGGUAGUUCAAAUGAGCUUGCACAUAAUAUGUAAUUCCUGCUGUUCGCCCAUAAUGCUUCGUAUUAAACGUGAAACAUCACACGGUUAUUGAUAUUGGAUAAAGAGAUGAAUCGUUUAGGGAUCUGAAUCAAUCCAUGCCAUAUUUGAUAAACAGGUAAUUACGUGGUUAGGCUUGUUACAAAAUGGAUGCUAUGCUUUGAAUGGUAAACCAAGGAGCUCAUUGGAUUCGUGGUACUAAUCCAUUGCUGCUUUCAUUGUGUUACAACUGGAGGACUGAAAUGCAAGUUACUGUAACCUAUAGAAUAUUGUCAUAGAAGUCACAUUUGAAGCUGGGCACGCAUUAGGAGCUCUCGAUUUCCGCGAUGACAUGAAGCUAGAACAGAAUCACUCAUGCGUGACUGUCCUACAAGAAGUCCUACAUUCUCUGCAUACGUAGAUUUGGCCAAAUUGCAUCCUAGAAUCCAUGCGACGAGGAGAACUUUUGCAUGCGCAGAUGACUUUUAGUGACGUCAUUACGUCGUACCGUCGUCGUGCAGUGUAAAGCUCCCUACUGCUUUGGAGCCGACCAUCUGCUGAAUGUUUGUGGUAGUCGGAGCAGAUCAUUGUGAAUAACAAUUUGUAGUGUGCCAUGUUGCAUUCCAAUCCCCAUGGAAUCAUGUCGGCCAAUGUAGUGUAAUGCCCCCCCCCCUUUAAGCCAGUGAUUGUUUCUGAAUCAUGGCCUCUGUACACAAUUACGAAUGUUAAGCCUGGUUCACAGUAGCACACUUUGAACGCAAAUGCAAGAGGAUUGAUGCAAAAUUCAAACACAGUUAUUUUAACAUUUUCUUAUUUCCCCAUUUGUUAAAAAGUUUAACUGCAUCAAGAUUUGCAUACAUCAGGAAGUGUCAACCAAAUUUGGCUUGUGUUUGUGUUAGUAUAGGUCUUAUUUCAAUUGUUUCAUACUAGAAAUUAGCAGUGGUAACUGGCAAGGUUUGGUGCAUACGUUGCGUAACCCCUAUUGGUUAUGGAUCAAUCUCUUAGAAUCAAUGCUUUGUCUUUUAGAAUUGACAUGAUUUAAAUAAGCUGCAUUAUGAGACAAAUAAGUUGCAACAUUUGUACUUUAAUUAUGAACUAUAUUUGGAAAAGAUGAUUUGAUGAUCCCCCUUAAUAAGUUGGGAGGAGUAUCCAAUAAGGAUAAUGAUAAAUGAUCACAUGAUUUCAUAUGUUCGUGUUAGGCCAAGUUAAAAAAAAAAAAUUUCUCAUCUUGUAUGCUGGUACACUGAAUCUGAUGCACACAAGUAGAGGAUUUUUUUGAAAAUUAGUAAUAACAGUGUUAGUACUAUGUUAUUAUAUAAACAAAUUCAGACAGUAGCAAAAACAGGAAGUGAGUGGAGAUUAGAAACUAAUUAAUUUUUUUACUUGGCCUUAUUUUAGCAAAAAAUACUGCUCAUGGUCUCUUUUUUGGCAAUCAAAAUUGUUUUUUCAUUGUACAUGUUUGUAUUUGUAUAAGUGUUUUAAUCUUUUAAUGAUUGUUAUAUUUUUUUUUAUAAUUGUUAAAUCAUGAUUACAGUUUCACUAUUUAGCUAGUAGUCAUUGUAGGGGUGUUCAUCACAAGCAUGGUUAUAAUCAAAUCCUUAUGUUGGUGAUAAUGUUGAAUGAUAUGUCACCAUAUGACUACUCAAGUAACUGAAGAUUGAUGAAUGUUUGUGGGUUAUGUUAUGCCCUUUGACGAGUCAUUAUUUGUCAUCUGCAGACUUCCUCGUUAUCACCUUGAUUGUGAUUGGGGAGAGGUGUAUCAUGAAGUGUCCUUCAAUUUUAAAGGAAGGCUAGUUAAGGACAUCAUAUUAAAUGUUAGUCUCACUUCACUUGUUUGUGUAUAAUCACAGGAAUUUUUUAAUUUGAGCCAAUUGAGGUACAAAGUGUAGAGGAUUUUUACAUUUUCAGUAUUAAAAUUAAUGCGGGCUCACAUUAAGUUGAAGUAAAAAAUAUACAUAGGUUUCUUUUCCGAGAGAAGCAAUGCGGAUAAAAUGCCUCGCUGAAAGAUAAGCAAAAUGCACAGAAACACUGUCCUUGAAAUUGAGAAAUCUUCACACCUCGCCAAACCGUUUCAACAUUACUGUAGUACUGUAAUAUUCUUUUUUCAGCAAUUCAUAAAAAAUUCUAGAAAAAUAUAUUAAAUUAAAUAAAGAAUAUAGACUCAACAGCAAAUAUAUUUUUACUUGGCUUAAAGUACCGCAACCUAAAGAGCUGCUGCUAAAGAUAUAUGGGUGUCUAGCUACCACAAUUAGCAACUUUGGUGUCGUGUGUGGCUACAUUUCCUUCAUUUCAGUAGUAACAACUGUUGACAGUAUUCAAAACUGUACAAAUUUUUUUUAUUAAUAAUUUAAUCAUAGAUAUAUUGCCACUUACAUAUCACAUCCUUUAUAUCAGGAUUGAGAAAGAAACCAAUGGUGACUUCUGCCCUCUAGAGUUUGUCAUGGUCUUGUUUAAGAUGAUUCAGUUACUGAUUCAAAUUGUCAGUGUUCGUAGGUCAGCUGUAUCAUAUUAAUAAAAUAUUGUUAAAGUAAGAUUAAUGUUUCUACUUUAGUGAUUAAAAUUUGAUAUUGUAACC